GCCCCACAUUCGUGCAUUGGCAAGCAAAGACGUUUGGAGGAACAGUAGCUUAUUGAGACCCUGUUCAUCCAUGUUCUCAUCAAAAUGAGAGCACUGUUUCUACUGCUGCUAGUUUCGAUGGGCUCAGCCUCCUGUCCUGAUGGACAGUUCCAGUGUAUUGAUUCUGAAGCCUGUAUUCCCAUGGAGCAAGUGUGUGAUUUCCACCCCAACUGUGCAGAUGGAUCAGAUGAAGAGUUCUGUGGCUCUUGUGACUUUGAGGAACAUGCAUGCGGAUGGCAUGAGUCCAGUCAUGAUGAGUAUAAAUGGCGACGUGAGAUGGCAAACAUCAGUGCUAUCCCCGGUGUGGACCACACCACAGGAUCCCCCUGGGGUGGAGUUAUGCAUAUAGAAGGUGAGGAUCCAGAUAUUUGGUCAGAAGCAAAGUUGGAGUACACACUUUCCCAGGCCACUGAACUUGGAUGCAAGUUUAGCUUUUGGUAUCAUCUCCAUGAUGCCGCAGAUACGUCUUCCUUCUUCUCCCUGAGUUUGAUCACCAACACUUCAUCUGUAAAGUUAUGGUCAAUUAGAAAGGGCCAGACUAACGGUUGGGAAAAUGCUAGUUUUUUACUCGGUAAUUGUCCUCUAGGCUCAAAGCUUUCAUUUUUGGUGGAACCUGUAUACAUUGGAAAUCAGGAUGUCAUGCUGGAUGACAUUACACUGACAGACUGUGCAAAGGGAGACAUUCCUGCAGGUUCAGACCAGCUCAGCUGUGACUUUGAGAAAGACGUGUGUUCCUGGUACAACGACCAGUCAGCUGAACUCCAAUGGAAAAGAGAAAGUGCACAGAACCCUUCCUUUGAUUAUCAGGGACCUACACAUGAUCACACCACUGGUUCUGGCUAUUUCAUGUACAUAACACAAAAGUACUCCAGACCACCUGAGACAGCAAGAUUAAUCAGCUUUCCACAGCAGGCCAAAUGUGUCAGCUUCUGGUAUAUGAUUUUUGGUGGAAGCAUUGGCUCUCUCAGAUUUAUCACCAAACAUGCUAAUGGAACACAGACACUUAUAUGGUUGAGGACAGGAAAUCAAGGCAACAAAUGGCGUUUUGUGGACCUUAGUUUCGCAGACAGUGAAGAACCAAUUCAGUUUAUAUUCGAGGGCAUCCUGGAAGACACAGACGGCUACAUCGCUAUAGAUGACGUGCAGGUGUCAAGCAGUGUAAAUGGCUCCUGUCCGGCUGAGCGGGAAUGUACAUUCCAAGGCUCUCUAUGCGGCUUGAAGCCUGAUCCAACAACUGAUUUUACCUGGAUCCGAACCAAUGGAGAACUGGCCACUGGCACUCCCAGCCCUGCAGCAGACCAUACUUUAGAAACCGAUAAGGGCUUUUACCUGAGUGCACAACUGUGGAAGCACCACAAAGGCAGCAGAGGCAGCAUAAUGACGGAUGUCAAUCAACCGACCUCUGAACACGGAGAGUGUUUGAUGUUCUGGUACCACAUGAAUGGAAGAGACGUGGGUUCUCUUAACAUCUAUAUCCAGGAGUUGAAUGGUGCCAGAUCUCAAAUUCCCAUGUGGAGUGCAAGUGGAGAUCAAGGACAACACUGGAGACACGGCAGAGCAACGGUCAUAAGUCCUCACAGCCCAUAUAAGGUUAUAUUUGAAGCAGUGGUUGGAGAUGAGCAGAUGCAUGAUAUUGCUAUUGAUGACCUAACAAUCCUAAAUGACCCUUGCCCACCUCAGGGGUUUUGUGAUUUUGAGAUGGACAUGUGUGGAUGGUUGAAUACUCAUGUCAAUACCUCCAGUACUGACUGGAUUUGGACCUCUGCAACGAGCACUUCUUUAUUUGCUCCUGAGGUUGACCACACCACCAACACUGCCAUGGGGCACUACAUGGCCUUUGAGACAAAUGCCAGAGUAGAUAAAAUUGCUCAUCUUGAGAGCGAGGUGAUGGAGCCUGAAUCUCAAGGCUGUUUGGAGUUCUGGUACUACAUGAAUAUGUGGAGCAGUGACAAGCUCAAACUAUCAGUUUAUGUAAAUGAGUCCGGUUCUCUGCGCUGCCUGUGGAAUCGAACUGGCAAUCAGAACAAUGUGUGGCACAAUCUCACUAUAGACUACAAAUCAACUGAACGACACCAGAUUGUGUUUGAAGCCAUGCAUAGAUACUUAGACGGAGGAGUCAUUGGUUUGGAUGACAUCUAUAUCAGACGGAAUACACGCUGCUCUGAUCUUACCGCAACAACACCUGCACCCACAACCGAGCCCACCUCUCCACCCGCCUCCUCCAUGGACUGCAACUUUGAGGAGGGACUAUGUGACUGGGUCCAGGAGACAGAUGAUGGAUUUGAUUGGUCCCAUCAGAUGGGUGGACAGGUGAAUGAACCACUGCUAGGACCUUUAUAUGACCACACCUUAAAAAACAACAAUGGGUUUUAUCUUAUUGUAAAUAUGUCUGGAGAACAUGAAAGCAGUGAGACAGCUGUCAUUUCAACACCGAUGGUAAUUCAGAGCGCUGACGUCUGUAUUGGAUUCUGGUACUACAUGUCAGGAGCAUCUCUUGGAAACUUGGAUCUGCUUGUUGAGACGAAAACAAUGGAAACCAUCACAUGGACAAGAAGAGGCACCCACACCUCUGAGUGGCUGAAUGCACAAGUCUCUAUUAGUACUGCAGACAUUGAACGAGUGAAGUUCUCUGUGAACAGAGCAGCAGGAAGCAGCGGCUUCAUAGCCAUCGAUGACCUCAGAGUGACUGCAGGACUUUGUGCUGAACACAACCCGUGUGGAUUCGAGUCUCCCUCGCUUUGUGGCUUUGAGCCCGAUGUGACUGACAGCUUUAUCUGGCUCCGUGUGGACGGCAGCAGUGGCCAUCCAGACCAUACAUACAGAACAGAACUUGGCCAUUCAAUGGCUAUGCUUGGAGCCAAACUUGAGAAACCAGAGGUCUCAAAUCUUCUAACACCAGAGUAUAGCCCAUCUACAGAGUCUUGUGUGCAGUUCUGGUAUUGGCUGUCAGCAGGCUCAGGUGAUUCACUCUCAGUACAUGUUUUUCUGAAUGGGGAGUUUGGUCCAGCACUCUGGUCUCUUUCUGGAACGUCUUCUGAUGGCUGGGAGGUGGCAAAAGUCACUGUGUCAUCUCCCUCUGAAUUCAGAGUGGCAUUCAGAGCAGAAGUCAGUGCAAACUCUGAGUCAUUUGUUCUUCUGGAUGAUGUCUCGGUUAAAACUGGAGCGUGUUCCCCUAAAGGAAGUUGUGAUUUUGAGUCAGGAAUGUGUACAUGGAUCAAUGUUGCUAAUGGUGUCACAGAUGCACAUGACUGGAUUCAUGCAGACGGCCACUACAGAGGUCCGUUGUUUGAUUACACUACUCACACUGCAGAUGGCAAGUUUCUUUUGAGCCCAUCUCAGAGGAACACGCCAGGCCAUAAAAGCAGUUCUGUGCUGAUUUCAGAAAAGAUCCAGCCAUCCAGUAACUCCUGUUUUGAGUUCUGGUGCCAAAUGAAUGGAAGUGACCCUGGGAUCCUUAGAGUGCUAUUAGAUUCAGGUGCAACAGAGCAAGAAUUGUUGUUUGAAACACAGUUCACUGGGAGCAACUGGAAAAAUGUCUCUGUCACUAUAGCUGAGACCCAGCCCUUUCAGAUUCAUAUAGAGGCUCAAACAGGCAGUGAAGGCUACAUUGCUGUGGAUGACAUUAGACUAACAAACGGGCCAUGUAAAGACAUCGGAGUGGAAAGUGGAGUGUUUGUUGGCUGCAAUUUUGAGACAGACACCUGUGAAUGGAGAGAUAUCAGUGUUGGGCAGUUUGUUUGGAAACGGGACCAGAAUGGUACAAUCACUGCCAACACUGGGCCAUCAGUUGACCACACUACUGGAACAGAGCUAGGCUGGUACAUGGCAGUAGAAGCCAGUCACGGUGAGCACAACAGCUAUGCUGCUCUACAGAGUCCCGCCAUGAAAGAGGCCAGCAAUGAGUGUCUGCUUGAAUUCUACUACCACAUGUUUGGAGAAGGCAUUGGGGAACUGAAAGUGUUCCUCCAGGAGGGCCCAAGGAGGACCCCCCUUUGGUGGAUGUCUGGUAAUCAUGGAGAUGAGUGGCAUCGGGCGCAGUUGAAUGUGGAUCGCACACAUCAAGUUUUCACUCUCCUUUUUGAGGCUACCAGAACCUACAGUGAGCUCGGGGACAUCGCUAUAGAUGACAUCUUCUUCAUCAACUGCACUUUGCCAGAGCCUCAUGAAUCUUGUGAAGAGGGAAUGUUCACAUGUUCCAACAAAGUGUGUGUGGAGCCGAACAGAGUUUGUGACUACAGCGAUGACUGCGGUGAUGGCACGGAUGAAGCGCUCUGUGAUGUAAAAGGUUUUACCCAUCGCUGCAGUUUCGAGCAUGGCAUGUUCUCAUGGGAAAAGAGUGACUUGAAAGCUGGCUGGAUUUUGCAGAAAGGAGAACAGGCCUGGCCUAAGCACGGGCCACCAAGAGAUCACACCAGCAAUACUGCAGCAGGUCAUUACAUUACUCCAGCACAUGAUCAGGGUGAGACAGCAGAGAUCAUCUCCAGCACCCUGCUGCCCAGCACUGAUUGCACCGUGAGGUUCUACCACUAUUCUCAUGGAGAAAAUAGCACAACUGCCAGGUUAGUUGUCAUACUGAGAACACUUCGUAAUGGAGAUGAUGACCGUAUACUUUGGGACAAGACUGUGACGCAGAGCUUUCGCUGGCACAGAGCGGAAGUCACCUUUUCUACCUCAGUUAAGAGCAAGAUUGUUUUCCAGUAUGUGGGAAACAGUGAGGCUCAUGCAUCUCAGACAGCGGUGGAUGAUGUUUCCUUCUCUGUGACAUGUGCUCAUGAUCCAGAUAACAGUGAGCUGCCAGUCACACCUGAGCCAACGAUAACACCAGCUACAGCUACAACACCAAUAACUGACGCUCCUUCAACUUCACCAACAGUCAACCCUUGUAAGGAGAAUGAGUUUCACUGCUGGCGGUCAGAUGGUGUAACGUGCGUUACAGCUGGUGCUCAGUGCAAUUAUAAACUAGACUGCCCUCUAGGGGGAAGAUGAAGAAACAUGCGGUCCAUGCAAUUUUGAGAACGGACAGUGUCAGUGGAGUGAUGUAAGUGUAGGUCCUAACAAAUGGCAAUGGGUGAAGGCCUCAAACAACACAGGUUUGCCCACUGACCACACCACUGG